CCUUGACACUAUGUCUCUAAGUUCGGGCGGUUGGACCGCCAAUGUCGUGACGGAACCUCCUCCGCCUGUCGAGUAUGGAGCGUCGCCCCCACAACCCAACUGUCAAACCGUCCUCAUGUCGGUUCGAGUGUCGUUGUGCCAUUCUGCUAUUCGACCGCUGCGUAUUCCGGGAGCAGGCGACGAAUCCCUUCGCCUGCAGCUCCGUGUGGACCCGGAGAAGUCCGGGGAAUUCCGUCUUUCGCUCCAAGACUGCUGCGGGAAUGGUCGCAGCCUGACCAUUGCAGAGUAUAAUUUGAGAUCUGUGAACUAUCGUGUAAAAGCACCGAAAUGCCACGAGCUCAGUCUGGCAGCACCUCCGCAUGAUCGCAUCAGCUUCAACUUCGGCUCUGAGCAAGAGGCCCGGCAGUGGGCCACUGUAAUGAUGACUUCACUGAAAGAAGCACACAAAGGUGGAGCUGGUGAAGAUAACAGAGAGAGUCUUCAAUUUCAGAACACCUCAUCUUUGCAGCAGUUAGAAAACUCAUGCAUCGAGCUGACCCGAGCCAUCAAGGCUGGUGACUUGAAGUUGGCCUCCAUCUUUGCUACCGAGCUUUCCUGGCAGAAUGCUGCGCUGAAGAUCCAGCCCUCCAUACGACAAUGUGAAGACACUGAAAUCAAUUUGGCUGUUGUAUUAGAGGAUUCUUCUUCAUCAUGUUGCAUCACUAUGAAAGUUUCUCCUGUAAUGACUACUGCAGCUUUGAAACAGCAAAUGUUUCUAGAGUAUGGCUUUCACCCAUGGGUGCAGCGCUGGGUCAUUGGCCAGUGCCUGUGCACUAAUCAGCGUUCCCUGGCUUCAUACGGCAUUCGUCAGGAUGGCGACACAGCUUUUUUGUACCUCUUGUCAGCAUGCAAUGCUCACUUGACUCGCCAACUCUUCCAACAAGACCAGGAGAGUGCACUCCUCCACAACUCUUUUCCAUGUGCAUCCUUUCUCCAUCACCCCUCUCAUAACAGUAUCGCAUCUCAAGAAGGGAAACUUUAUAAAACCCUGCCAGCUAAAUUAAAUUGCACCAACGCUGGGUUCCAGAACGGAAACCCCAGUGAGCUAAAAGUCACCGUCCCCAGUGUAGAGUUGCCGCAACUAGAUGGGGAAUUGGGCAAAAAUCCAGCUUCCUUUCAGGGUUGGGCGUGUCCUUCUUGUACUUACAUCAACAAACCGUUGCGGCCUGGCUGUGAAAUCUGCAGUACCAACCGCCCUGUGACCUACAUUGUUCCGGGCGGAUACCAGCCCGACUCACUGGAGCUUAGACGCCUCCAGCAGGAGAAGGAUGCCAUUAUGCAGUACCAGCAGGCAAGAGAAGUGGAGCGCCAGCAGAAUUUUGCCCAGCUGGUUAUGAUGGACGGCCAGGACUUAGUGCCGAAUCCUGAGCCUUUGGACUGCAGAAUCUGCUAUAUAGAGCUAAAAGCAGGAGAGGGCGCCAUGCUCAGGGAAUGUCUCCAUUGCUUCUGCAAAGAUUGUUUGCGCUCAGUCAUUAUGCUGAGUGAGGAGCCGGAAGUCUCCUGCCCUUACAGAGAUGACACAUAUGCCUGUACAUGCUCCUUGCAAGAGAGGGAGAUCAAAGCUUUGGUCACACCGGAGGAGUAUCAACGCUGGCUGCAAAGAAGUCUGUCCGUGGCAGAGUCCCGAUGUGAGGGCAGCUACCACUGUGCCACUGCAGACUGCCCGGGCUGGUGUGUGUACGAGGACACUGUCAAUGUGUAUCACUGCCCCGUCUGCACAAAGCAAAAUUGCCUCAUUUGCAAGGCGAUUCACGAUGGAAUGAAUUGUAAGCAAUACCAGGAUGAUCUUGCAGCCCGCGCUAUUAACGACUAUGCUGCACGGAGGACAACUCAUCUACUUCAGACUCUGGUGCAAUCUGGGGAGGCGAUGCACUGUCCCCAAUGUGGCAUCGUUGUGCAAAAGAGGGAUGGAUGUGAUUGGGUGCGCUGUACUGUCUGUCAUACAGAAAUCUGCUGGGUCACCAGAGGGCACCGUUGGGGUCCAAAGGGUCCCGGUGACACCAGCGGAGGAUGUCGCUGCAAUGUCAACCGGCAAAAAUGCCAUCCAAAAUGUCAAAACUGCCACUGAGUCGUCUUGUGUGGAAAUGAUUGACCUAGAAACCAAAUAUUGUCUGUCAUAUGAAGUACAAGAAGAACGAUUUAGCCAAAAACCGACUUUAAAUGCUUGAAACAUGAAAUGCAUACGUUUUUUCGACUGUUUCUAAAAAUCACUGUCAAUUGUUUGACACAAUCACAAUAACAUAAAAGAAAUUAUCAUUGAUAACAGUAAAAAAAAAAAUCUCCUGCAAAUGUAGACUUCCAGGGAUGUGUGAAUUUGACAUACUGUACCAAGAUGCAAUACAUUAUACCAAAGUUGCCUUUUACUUCUGCACAAACUCUCAAUCAGGGUGUUCAUCCUUGUGCCCGUGCAAUGAAAUACCUGAACACCCUGCUAUAUUGCAAGUUCUCCCACUUAGAAAUUAUGGAGGCGUCUGAAAUUUUCAUCGUAGGUGCAUGCCCACUGUGAGAGAGAUAAUCUAAAAAGAAAAAUCCAGAAAUCACAAUGUAUGAUUUUUUUAAACUAUUUAGUUGUGUGAUACAGCUGCCAAUAAGUAUUUGAACACCUGUCUAUGAGCUAGAAUUCUGACCCUCAAAGACCCGUUAGUCCGCCUUUAAAAGUGGAAUGAUGAGUUCCAUCCCAAGAACAUCAUCCCCACUGUGAACCAUGGGGGUGGUAGCAUCAUGCUUUGGGGGUGUUUUUCUGCACAAGGGACAGGACGACUGCAUUGUAUUAAGGAGGAUGACAGUGGCCAUGUAUUCUGAGAUUUUGGGGAACCUCUUUCUGUACCAAAUAUUAACAUUGGUUUUCUCAGGUGUUCAAAUACUUAUUUGCAGCUGUUUCACACAAAUAAAACAUUUAAAAAAUCAUACAUUGUGA